CUCCUUUGAUAUUUUCCCUGUUCAAGCAACUGAGGAUAACAUUACAUUCACCGGAAACGGCUAAUUCUCUCCACUGACCACUCUUCUGGUCAACAUUUAUAUGCCGGAAAGCUUAAGCUUAAAUUCCCCACAGAAGCCAUGCUGCUAACUUCCUCAACUCCCUCUUUCAUGUCCAAGCCUUCCCUUCCUUACAGAACCCUUUCAACAAGGACCAUGCUACGAACUUUCUGUACGCAGAAAAAGCAAAUUAUGCGUUGCUGCUCAAUUCACAACUUCAAAGAUGAAAGCUCCCAUAAUGGUUAUAUAUCAUACAGUGACGAGAAUUUAAGACGGAGGCUUCUCCUAUUUGUUUCUGUCACAACAACCUUGUUUCCAACUUUGCCUUCUUCUGGAAAGACAAAGAGUACGAAUCCAUAUGAUGAAAAACGCUUGCUAGAACAAAAUAAGCGGAUACAGAAAGAGAACAAUGCACCUGAAGAGUUUCCAAGUUUUGUUAGAGAAGGUUUCCAAGUCAAGGUAGUAGCAUCAGAAAACUAUAUCAAAUGUGAUUCAGGGCUUAUAUAUCGGGAUUUUGAAGUUGGUAAAGGUGAUUGCCCAAAGGAUGGUCAGCAGGUGACUUUUCACUAUGUUGGCUAUAAUGAGUCGGGCCGCCGUAUUGACAGCACUUACCUACAGGGUACCCCUGCCAAAAUCCGCUUGGGAAACAAUGCAUUGGUCCCAGGAUUUGAGCAAGGUAUUAAAGACAUGCGACCUGGGGGAAAGAGAAGAAUAAUUAUUCCACCAGAACUUGGACCCCCGGUUGGACCUUCCACCUUUUUCAGCUCAAAACAGUUUGAAGUUUUUGAUGUGGAACUGCUUAGCGUUCAGAGCUGUCAAAGGAGGACCAUAGCUUUUUACUCUGAUGUUGUGUGCAAUUAAGUGAUGAGGCUAUUCUGUUCCCAUUUUGAGUAUCAAGUAUCUCAUUCUUUUUUAUAUAAUAACAGAACACGUUUGAUUGAACAGUUUACAUCUUCAAUGCAAGUUAGAUUUUUCAA